AUGACUCUAAAGGCAAACAUACCAAUUGCCACUGCCGCUGCCAACGACAUCAUGAACCCGGAGAAACCUCCACUGGAAAUGACUAAUCACGUUCAAUCCUUGCAAGAGAAAGUUCCUUCCUCCAGUGAUAGUGUCCUUGUUGAAACAGUAACAACAAAUUGCUCUUGUUGCACUAAUCGAGGUGUCCGCUAUUAUCUGGCUAAUAAUAACUCACCGAAGUCAAAGUGCAUGCGAGCUUUCAUUGUCCUCUUGGCUACAGCAUGUGCUGCGUAUGUCUGUCUGUUGUCUUCACGCCGCUACUUUCACUCUUGGGUACAAACCGUUAUUGAACGCACCGAUGUUCAUGUCUCUGAAAUACCAUUCCCGGCGGUUACCAUUUGCCCAGUGAAAGGUUUAAAUUUGUUACGCCUCGAGCAAGAGGCGACAACAUUUCUCGGUACCACAAAACAACAACAGCAGUCACGGGCGACAGACAAGGAAUUACAUGACCUACACAUGUUGCUGAACACCAUGAAUGAGCUGAUGUGGCCGGACAUAGAGAAUACAGCAGAUACGGUUACCACUUUGAAUGCCAAAGAAGAGGUGCUGCAUCAUCCGAACCAAUCAUUACCAGUUGUUGAACAUUUUUUGGAAAGUUUUGCCCUGGGCAAUGACUCAUCCAAAGCGAUGGACGUUGAGGAUGCUGUAAAAACCAAAAUCGAUUUAGAUGAUUUGCUAGCAUUUUUGUCCUUUGAAUGUGAGGAUAUAUUUGCGGAAUGUACUUGGCGCAGGGUGAAGAUGCCUUGUUGUCAGCUGUUCCACAAAAUACACACCUACAAGGGAAUCUGUUAUUCAUUUAAUUCUAUUCUGGUGGAGAAUCCCAUUCCCACAUGGCCGUGGGUGAUGGCUGAGGCGGGAUUACAUUCUGGUUUGAAAAUUCUGAUAAAGCGAGGUUCGAUUGGACGCUAUUACGAAAAAGUAGCUGCAAUGGUUCAUGAUCCAACAGAAUUUGGUUCAGCCGAUAUAACAUACAUGGAUAGUGAACGGGUCCUGAUAACAGUAAAUCCCCUACGCUUUACGGCUGACAAUGAUAUCCACAGUGUAAAGCCAGAAUUGAGACAUUGCUAUUUUACAAGUGAACUAAAAUUAUUGGGAAAAAGUCGUGGCAAUUGUAUACGCAACUGUCGCCUGAAAUAUAUUGAAAAAUAUUGUAAUUGUACCUAUUUCUUUCCCGUUGCCACGAAAAAUGUAAGCGAACAAUCAUUGCCCAUUUGUAAGGCGGUAAAUCUAAAAUGCAUUUAUCAGCAUAAAAGUAAUGUCAUACAAGAGACCCAAGAUGGCAUCCAUUUUCAGACGUACGAUUGUAAAUGUUAUCCGAAUUGUAAUUAUGUCCAGUAUCGAACAGCCAUAAAUACGGAUCAUACUUCGAAUGGUGAACGUUCGUCACAAUUCAUUGACCUGACUGUACAAUAUCAACAUGAUACACUGUUUUCAUAUCGAUCGUCGUUGUGUUUUACCCUACUGGAUUUAAUAGUAUCCUAUGGAGGUAUUGCCGGCUUGUUUUUGGGUUUCUCAUUGGUGGGUAUAAUUGAGGUCGUGCAUGAUUUUAUCGUCUUACGAAGUCGAAAAAAGGUUGCACAAUCUGAGGCGGCAACUGAAACAAAAAUAACAAAAGAAAAUGACACGAAAUGUAAAUGUCAGACAAUGAAAUCUUAUAAUUGAGGA